CCCGCUUAUCACGGAACCACUCGAUUAGAUCCCAGGUAAAAGGGUUGCCACCAGCCCUCUGGCCCGCCUCUCCAUUGCUGGCCCUGUUCCACACGCCGAGUUCUCCACAUUAGUCACCGUCAGCUGCAACGAGCCGCGUAUGAAUGUUGGUGAGUUCGUGAAGAUACCUUCACCCGCACCGUGCAGUACCCACGCCAUCCAAAUUCCUCCACUUCCACCAUACAUCAUGAGCCUGCAAAGAUAAGCGAGAAGGUUGUCUUUGCCCCUGGCAGGAAGUGAGCCGGUCGGUACCGUUUGGGUCAGUGUUUAGCAGCCGUCGAUAACGGAAAGAUGGGCAAAUUUCCGUACAUUACCGUCUAAAGCCGAGUGCGAGUUUCAAUGUUGCGUCGUCGUCGGUGCUUCUGGUGCUAGCUUGCUAGUUGCACUUUGCAAACCGGCUACUAACAGGUAGCAAUAGUGUGUCCACUCCCACCCAACUUCCCUCGGAGCUUUCCGGAAUCCGGUCGACCGGAAAGACCGCUUAGCUGAGCGCGAUAGGUACACGGUUUGCGUUGCGAGCAGCCACACCGUGUGUAGUAUUAGCAAAUAAAUAAGCGCUGUGAAUUCACGUGAAGUGAGAUCUUACCCCCUGAGGUGGUUCGUAAUUUGUGAGCAGGAAAGCGAAGAUAGUCCUAGACGAAGCCACGUGUUAGUGGGCCUACGACGGAACGAUGACCACCCGGAUAUUCAACAUCGUCGUCGUCGGGGAUGGUGCGGUCGGCAAGACCUGCCUGCUGCACGCCUACACGGAUAAGUCAUUCAAAAACUUCUACGAACCGACGAUAUACGAUAAGGAAUCAAUUGAAAUGAUACUCGAUGGGCAGAAGUACACCAUACAGCUGCACGAUACGGCCGGCCAGGAGGAGUACGACAAAAUCAGGCAGCAGUUUUACAAACGGGCCGAUUGUUUCCUCCUGUGCUACAGCAUCGACAACAGGGUGUCGUUCGAGAAUGCGUCCACAAAAUGGAUCCCGGAGAUCAAAACUAACCCGCCCGUCCCAAUCGUGCUGCUCGGCACCAAGCUGGACAACCGCAAAGGGAAAAACAACGAAGUGUCGACGGGGGAGGGCGACCGGUUGAAGCGCGCAAUAAACGCCAACUCGUUCGUGGAGUGCUCGGCGAAGGAUUACCGCAACGUGGAGCUGGCGAUAGAGGAAGGUGUGCGCGCCUGCCUGAUGGGUGUACCGGAACCGGAGCCGGAAGAUAGUUGGGCCUGCUGCAAGGACGCUCUACGAUGUUUUUAAAGCGAUGUUUGUGCCACAAACGCCACAAUCAAAACCAAGCAAGGCCGCGCUAUUGAUCUAUUUAUCUAUUGCUAGUUCUCUCACAAAACCCUUCAUUACCGGGGUGCCCGGUAACGGAACGGGCACGAUUGUAAAAGGCCGCGUACACGAUAAAGUUCUGAGACACAUUUCGAGUUGUUUCACUGAA